AUGCCCGCCAAUCAACCAGCAAAAUCGCCACGCUAUUCAGCAAUAUAUGAAGAUGAUACAUAUCAAUAUCGACAUAUCAUUUUGGAUAAAGGUAUGGUUUCCUUGAUACCAAAAAAUCGUUUAAUGGACGAAUGUGAAUGGCGUGCAUUGGGAAUCAAGCAAGGAGCUCAUUGGGAGCAUUAUCUCAUUCAUAAACCAGAACCGUUUGUACUCAUGUUUCGUCGCUCUUUAAAACAUCGUGUUGAUACUGACUCAUCCAUUUUAUCGCAACAGAAUACGCAUUUUCCAACAACACGUAUACCAUUGAGUGCAACGAUGAACUCGUCGUCGAACUAUCCGCUUGCUGAUUCAACAAAUACUAAGAAUGGUCUCAAUCUUCGUGGCGCACUUCGAAUGGCUGUUAAUCCUUAUAAGUUAAUCACUAAUAAUUAUAACAAUGAAUUUCACGGAUCAAACUUUGAAAGUCAUUGUGAUCGAUAA